UUGUGUUGAUUGCAAUUCACUAUUUUAUUAGGUAUUUAUCGUAAUCGUUUGAUAAAUGAUGAAUCAUUUACUAUUACUUAGCCAUUGUUAAAUACAAGGGAGUAUCUGAAUGAAGCGGACUUUAAGCAUUUGCACUGUGCUACUCAAAGACCUACGACGCACUAUGGGUUCCACGGAGAAUGUGAAUUUAACAACAAAUUUCAAGGAAUGGAAAUUCAAAUCUCCACCUAAUUAUGCCCAGCUACCUAUUAACGACAACCCGGAGUACAACGUUCCCGUCGCUGUGAAUAAUGCAGUAUUCUCGAAGGUCCCCACAGAGGGGUUGACUGGUAACCUGCGGCUGGUCUGCUCGUCUGAUGAUGCUCUCUCCGAGGUGCUGGACCUCUACCCUGCAGUGGCAGAGGAUCCAGACUUCAUCGACUUUGUGGCCGGAAAGUACUUGCCUGAUGGUGGGAUGAGUGUUUGUCACAGGUAUGGAGGCUAUCAGUUUGGUUUUUGGGCUGACCAGCUUGGAGACGGAAGAGCUCAUAUUCUUGGUGAAUAUGUAAACAGAAAGUCGGAGUCAUGGCAGCCCCAACUGAAGGGUUCAGGCGAGACGCCCUACUCCCGCUUCGGUGACGGGCGCGCCGUGCUGCGCUCCUCAGUACGUGAGAUGAUUGCGUCCGAAGCGUGCCACGCGCUGGGCGUACCCACCACCCGCGCCGGCGCACUUGUUGUAAGCGACGACCACCUAGUCUACCGCGACAUGCACUACAGCGGGCGCGCGCGGCAGGAGCGCGCGGCGGCGGUGCUGAGACUGGCGCCCGCGUGGUACAGACUCGGCUCCCUGGAGAUACUGCACAAGAGGAAGGAACCGGAGCUGGCUGCGAGACUCGCUGAUUUCAUUAUUAAGAAUCACUUCAAAGAGAUUGACCCAGCAGACGAGGACAGAUAUGUGAAGUGGUUCAGUGCGGUGGCUCACAAGAACCUGGACAUGGUCGCCACAUGGCAAGGCACAGGCUUCACUCACGGAGUGCUCAACACAGACAACGUGAGCGUGCUCGGGCUGACCAUAGACUACGGUCCGUACGGGUUCAUGGACCACUACAACGAACAUUUUGUGCCCAACUCAUCGGACGAUAUGGGCCGGUAUGCGUUCAACAGGCAACCCAGUAUCAUUAUCUGGAAUUUGAACAAGUUUUCCGAAGCGCUGGCGCCGAUAUUGACCGAAAACCAGAUCCAGAAGAUCGAAGAAAUCAAAGGAACACUUGAGGAAUACGUCAAAAAUAAAGUUCUCGCCACCUAUCUGCGGAAGCUGGGACUAAAUAACCAGAUAGAGGGCGACACUGAGCUGGUGGACUCCCUGCUCCAGCUGAUGCAGGAAACGUCCGCCGACUUCACCAUGACCUUCCGACAGCUGGGAGAGCUGGAAAGUGCAGAGCUACAAGACACAGCGCGAUUAAAUGAGAAGUGGUCGUUGAAGAAACUGGCAACAAGCGGGGAUAAGUGGGCCGCCUGGGUCAAACGAUAUCAGGAUAGGAUUAAUAAAGAAAGCGUGCCGGAGUCGGAGCGGCGCGCGCGCAUGUGCCGCGUGAACCCGCUGUACGUGCCGCGCAACUGGCUCAUGCAGGAGGCCAUCGCCGACGCUGAGAAGAACGACUUUGAAAAGGUGCGGUUUCUCCUUCAAGUCCUCCGCAAGCCGUACGACGUGAACGCGGAGGCGGAGGCGCGCGGGUACUCUGCCGAGCCGCCCAGCUGGGCCUACGGGAUCAAGCUCAGCUGCUCCAGUUAACACGUUCAUGGAUACUGCUGCAGUUAACACGUUCAUGGAUACUGCUGCAGUUAACACGUUCAUGGAUACUGCUGCAGUUAACACGUUCAUGGAUACUGCUGCAGUUAACACUUCCAUUGAAUUAUGUAUCUUCUAAUCAUCACAUCUUUUGAGGAAAGGCCUCCUUAUAGCCUGAUUACACCUACCGAGUAGAGUGGCCAGACAGUAUCUUCGGCCGAACACUACUACUAGAGAUUGAACGAGUGCUCCGCCGAGAAUACUGUCUCGCCACUCUAUUCGGUAGGUGAAAUCAGGGUAUAAGUAUAAGGCUGCGUUCCCAAAUACGCCGUCACCCCGUCGGCAAACAGUAUGCGGAAGGCUGUUUAAAAAUAGCAAAGUGUAUUUUGCCACCAUCAUAGUUUAAGUGAAAUAUAUUGCUUGUUAAUUAGUAGGUACAUGGUGUACAUAAUCUAUUUUUGUUUAUAAUUAAAAUCCAAUUCGUUAUACA